ACACAAAGUUUCUUUUCAAGAAAUUCGCCGGAGUCUCCACUGAAAGCAUGGGCUUUCAUUUCUAUUGCCCCGAUUGCCUGUGCCUUCUUGGCGAAUGUGACGGGGACCCCAAGAAAAGAAAAGAUGUGAAGGCAACAUGUACACAAUGCGAAAAACUGUACACUGGAGACAUCCUUACGGCGCAAGGAAGUUUUUUUGUGACUCUUCCCAUGGGGCAGCAGCUUUCUUCGAUUCUAUCAUCUAAAGAGAUUUCCAGGUCAUUGAAGAACUCCUUAGAUGCACUUUCGGAUCGUUCAGAGGCCGCCUCUAUGACAGACGUUACCGACGGAAGUUUGUAUCGGCACCAACGCAAGGAUGCCUGUCUUGGCCCAAUGGACAUAACCUUGACGAUAAACUCGGAUGGGAGUCCUGUGUUCAACUCUUCUAAGUUCUCGAUAUGGCCCGUCCAGACUAUAAUUAAUGAGUUGCCGCCAGGAUUGCGGUCGAAAAAUGUCACGGUUGCAACGCUGUGGUACGGACAGAGUCAUCCUGAUAUGACAUUGGUGUUAGAGGCAUUUGCCAAGCAAAUGGACUCGCUCGCCGAUAGUGGGAUUGAGUGGACAUGUGAUGGAGAGACCUUUCACUCAAAAGUCUAUUGUUUCACUGCUGUGGCUGACGCUCCAGCCAGGGCUCUGAUGCAGAACACAGUCCAGUAUAAUGGAUACUUUGGGUGUGGCUGGUGUUUGCACCCUGGCAAGUGCAUCGAAGGAACAGUGAAGUACCCCGUAAGCGCUGAAGCUCCACCCGACAGGACUAAAGAAGGGAUGACUGAAGACAUGGAUGAAGCGAACGGAACUGGAGUGAAUGUUCGGGGAGUGAAGGGGCCGUCCCCAUUAAUUAAUUUGGUCGGGUUUGACAUUGUGUGGGGCUUCACACCCGAUUACAUGCAUGGUGUUUUGCUCGGCGUGACACGCCAGUUCAUGGAGUUGUGGUUGUGUGGUGUUGGUACUCCAUAUUACAUAGGAUCACCAAAAUUUCAUUAG